AUGGUUGUUGAAGCUUAUGUAAAGCAGACUGAAGCUCUUGAGAAGAAGAAUAGAAUAGUGGAACUGAUGUUGGAGCGGGAGCAUGCAUCUAGCGUUAAGAGUGUACUAGAGACGCUUAAUGGAUUGCCUGGAGUUAGGAUGUGGUCUCCAUUUCACAAGACAUCAAUUGACCAUCUUAUAGCUGAUGAAGCGAGUCGGCAGGGUUUUAUAGCGUUUCCUAGGGCUGAACAUAAGAGAACUGGAGAAGAAGAUUUGAUAUGGGAUCCAAAUGCUGUUGAUGACUUUUGUAGAGGUGAUAUGCAUAAGUGGCUUGAGGAAAUGCCAAACUAUUGUUAUUACAAUUGCGCAGGUGAAGGAAUCGGGUUUGCGAGACAAAGAAUGGCUUUAUUUAUAUAUGCUCUCCAAAGAGCUUAUUUACCAUUUGAGAUGAAGAAAGUAGUAGUGCAAACAAGGGAAGAUAUAGAGUCGAGUAUGAAACUGAAGGCCAGCAAUGCAAUCUUCUACAUGAAUUUCAAGGCAUAUGGAGGUCCACAAUGCAGAGGAAUAGUAAGGAAACAAGUGAUUGAAGACUAG